AUGUAUCAAGUUCAUCAACUAAAUAAAAAAAAAGCAUUCAAUUGUAAAAUAUGCAACGAAAAACAAUCAUAUCAAAAAAUAUAUGGUCAAAGCUAUCAAGCAAAAGAUUUAACUCAAUUAGUUAAAAAAUAUAAUAUGGAAAAACAUAAUAAACCCAAACCUAUAUCAAUUCAAGAUGAUCAUGACAAUAAUAAUAAUAAUAAUAAUAAUAAUAAUAAUAAUAAUAAUAAUAAUAAUAAUAAUAAUAAUAAUAAUAAUAAUAAUUCACAAUCACUCAAACAAAAUACUAAACCAAGAACAAACUGGAAUGACUUUAUAGAUAACAGUAAUGAUGAAGAUGAAAAUAAUGAUGAAGAUGAUUUUUAUGGUACAAAAUCAAAUGAUAGCUCUGAUGAUAGUAAAUAUGUUUUACUUUCAAAUGAUAAAAAUAUAGUCAUUAAUGGUAAAAAAAGAAAAUAUACAAAGAGUAAUAAUAAUCAAAACGAUAAUGAAAAUCUUACAAAUAACAAUAAUAACGAUGAUAACAAUAAGGAAUAUGAACCAAAUAAAAAAAUUAAAGAAUCAAAUUUUAAAAAUAAUCCAUACCAAAAAAAACCAAAUCCAUAUGUAAAUAUGCAAAAACAACAACAACAACAACACCAACAACAACAAUUCCCUACAACCAAAACAUCUGAAUCAAUAUCCCCUAUGGUCAAACCAUCUGCAUCUCUAAACUUUAAACACCAACCAAAACCUUUGGCCCCACCAAUUACUGUUAAUAAAACACCCUUUAGCUCCAUCAAACCCUCACCUCAAAUAAACAAUAGUACUAUUAAUAGCAAUAGCAAUAGCAAUAGCAAUAGUAAUAGCAAUAGCAAUAGCAAUAGUAAUAGUAAUAGUAAUAGUAAUAGUAAUAGUAAUAGUAAUAGUAUUAGUAAUAAUAAUAGUAAUAAUAAUAAUAACAACAUUAAUAAUAAUAAUAAAAAAAACAACUAUUCUUUUAGUAUAUAUAAUAACGAUGAUGAAGAAGAUGAAGAUUCAGAUGAAGUAGACGACUUUUAUGGUCUUAAAACAACAAAAUCUAAAAUAAACGAUGAUAAUAUAGUUUUAACAUCAGAUAGAUAUAGUGUAUAUCAAAAUGAUGAAGAUUAA